AACUACAACUCCCAUCAAACUUGUCGCCUACUGAUGACGUACUACGUAGAGAAAUUUUCUCGAAGGUUGCAAAACAAGUGCGUCAGAGAGCUGCGCACGUCAUUCUGGAAAGGUGAACGACAACAGACGUUUCUCUCUCGACUGAUACAGGAUAAUAAAACAUUGUGACCAUGUUGGUGGCGAGGCUGACGUGCCUGAGGAGUCUUCCUCUCACUGGGCUCCGUCCUGUGUUGUCACAGAGCUCUCCAGCCCUGAGAGGAUCCACCAUGAAGGCCUGUCCUCCUCUGCUCAGGCCUCAGCAGGGUUUUUCCUCUAAGGCCAGAUUUGGUUUCGGCCGCGGGAAGACGGCCAGGGACAAGCUCAAAGAAGCAGCUUUUGAGCCAGCAACAGAUACCGCCAUUAGAAUUGACAGCAUGGGAAGAAUAAUCCUGGCUGGAGGAGCAGCAGUUGGCCUCGGAGCUCUGUGCUACUAUGGACUCGGCAUGUCCAAUGAAAUCGGUGCAAUUGAGAAAGCAGUGAUCUGGCCUCAGUACGUGAAGGACAGGAUCCACUCCACCUACAUGUACUUUGCAGGCAGUAUUGGACUGACAGCUUUGUCAGCUGUAGCAGUGAGCAGAACCCCGGCCAUGAUGGGUCUGAUGAUGAGAGGAUCCUGGCUGGCUAUUGGAGCAACUUUUGCGGCUAUGAUUGGUGCCGGCAUGCUGGUCAGGUCCAUUUCAUAUGAGCACAGCCCAAUGCCCAAACACCUCGCUUGGAUGCUCCAUGCAGGUGUGAUGGGCGCUGUCAUCGCUCCUCUGACUCUCCUGGGAGGGCCUCUGGUGAUGAGGGCCGCCUGGUACACCGCAGGAAUCGUGGGAGGUCUGUCCACUGUGGCCAUGUGUGCCCCAAGUGAGAAGUUCCUCAGUAUGGGCGGGCCAUUGGCUGUUGGCUUCGGAGUGGUCUUCGCUUCUUCUAUUGGAUCAAUGUUCCUGCCACCUCACUCGGCGUUCGGAGCAGGCCUGUACUCGGUGGCCAUCUACGGAGGUCUGAUUCUGUUCAGCAUGUUCCUCCUCUACGACACACAAAAGGUCAUCAAGAGGGCAGAGACACACCCGCUCUAUGGUGUACAGAAAUACGACCCCAUUAACGCGUGUAUGGGGAUUUACAUGGACACACUGAACAUCUUCAUGAGGAUGGUGAUGAUUCUGUCUGGUGGCAAUGGUAGAAGGAAGUAAACGUUAGCAUUCUGACUUCAGCUUCAGUUUUACCUUCCACACAGCUGAUCCAAAUCAUAUUUUAUUACUAGCAGCGUACAUCAGGUGUCAUCUCUUAGUGACAAGUUUUAUCUAACUGGUAAAUAUACAUGAAUGCUUUGCAAGAGUGUGAAGGAGAGGAUGCAAAAGAAGACACAUUGUGUAUAUUGAUAACACGCUGAGAGCUCUUACCUUGAUUGUGGAAGUAUGUGGUUUAUCCUGGGGGUCACAGAUGGGUUAAAUCUGUCGUUCAGCAUCAUUUUCGCCUGCCUCAGAUGUCGUUUGUAUUCUUAUGUUUUGUAUUUAUUUCAUCUUGAUUGUGUUUCUGUUUUUAAGAAUGAAGGCAACAGAAAUGCCACACAUGUCAACCGUAGAUUGGUCCAGACUCAGUACAAUAAUGUCUGUGCUCUUGCUCCAGUAUACACUGAUAUGGCACUUCUGUGAUGGGUUAAAGCGGUGGGCACUAAGUUCAUGUUUCUGAGAAAAUAUACAAUAAUUUCAACAAGGAGUCAUUCAAUAAACAAGUCCAAAAUUA